AAAGGGAAAACGGAAGGACGCAUGACAUGCACAUUGCACCGAGUGCAACGAACCCGGUCUCUCACUCUCACUCUCACUCUCACUCUCUGAAUUGAAUGAAAUUUCAAAUUUGAAAAGAAACCCUUAAACCCAGCCUUCCAGCAAGCAGCCACCAGCGUCCACCGCACUCCAGCCGAACCAUUCUCCUCGCCGUCGUCGCUUGUGGCGGGUUCUUCUCAUCGUUCCUCUUCUCUCGGCGUCAAGGUCGAGCUCAAAGCCUCAAACUCACCGCCGAAAGCCCGAAACCCUUCUCGCCGUCGCACGAAGGUCGAGCUCGUGCCAUUGCCGUCGCCGUUAAGGCUUGCUGGUCGUCGUCUCUUCGAGAUCUCUCUCUCUCUCUCUGCCGAGCUCAACGUUCCUGCUUCGAGCACUCUCUCUCUGUCGAGGUCAACAGCCCUGCUUGGAGCUCUCGCCGCCGAUGUCCAAAGUGUCAGAACGUAUGACUGAGUCUGAGUUGAAAGAUUAUGAGUAUAGUUACUACAAGGACUUGAAGAAAGAGUCUAUUGUAGUGAAAAUAUCCAGUUCAACGUAUAGGUGCCCCUUUUGCCCUGGCAAACAGGAUUGCAGUUUGAGUGAGCUUUCCAAGCAUGCAUCACGAUAUGCCUCCAGUUCGAUGAGCAGGGGCCAAAAAGAUAAAGCAAAGCACUCUGCUCUUGACAACUAUAUCGUUAGAUAUCUUGAUGUUAAGAGGAGGAGGACAUCAGAACCUGCAGAACCUGUUGAAAAGGAUGAUGUUAAGAGGAGGAGGACAUCAGAACCUGCAGAACAGAGGAGGAGGACAUCAGAACCUGCAGAACCUGUUGAAAAGGAUGAUGUUAAGAGGAGGAGGACAUCAGAACCUGCAGAACAGAGUAGGAGGACAUCAGAACCUGCAGAACCUGUUGAAAAGGAUGAUGUUAAGAGGAGGAGGACAUCAGAACCUGCAGAAUCUGUUGAAAAGGAUCAGAUGUUUGUCUGGCCUUGGAUUGGUAUCUUGGCAAACAUUGCUAGGGAACUGAAGGGUGAUAAGUACACGGCAGGAAGUGGCAGCAAACUGAGGGAUGAGUUGACACGAGAUGGAUUUCGUCCCUUGAGAGUUACUCCGUUAUGGAACUGGCGUGGGCAUUCCGGUUUUGCUGUUGUUGAGUUCAACUCAGACUGGGAAGGUUUCAUAGAUUCAAUGAACUUCGAGAGGAGCUUUGAAUCUAAACGCUGUGGUAAGAAGGACUACUACAGUGUGAGAGACCGAGGUAAUAAAAUUUAUGGAUGGGUAGCCCGUGAAGAUGACUACCACUUUAAGGGUAUAGUCGGUGAACAUCUCCGUAAAACUGGGGAUUUGAAAACUGUUUCUGGAAAAGAAGCAGAGGACAAAAGGAAAACAACUAAGCUUGUUUCAGGGCUGGCUAAUACUUUGAAAAUGAAGAAUAUAGAAUUGGAACAGGUGACAAGCAAAUAUGAUGAAAUUAAUGUGUCUCUGAAGAGAGUGAUGGAGCAGAAAGAGGAGAUGAUUAAAUCAUUUAAUGAUGAAAUAAAUAAGAUGCAGCAGAUUGAUCGGGAUUAUCUGGAGAAAAUUUGCAAGGAUCAUGAAAGAGACAGAGCACAUUUAGAGAAACAGAAGAAAGAACUUGAGCUCAUUGAGAGGGAUCUGAAGAAGAGGGAGGUGCAGAAUGAAAAUGAGAGAAGGAAGCUAUUUCUUAAGAAGAAAAAUAAUGAAAUGGCUAUAAUGGAGCAAAACAAAGCUGAUGAGAAAAUGAUGCGUAAGGCUGAACAACAGAAGAGGGAAAAGGAAAAGCUGGAUAGAAGAAUUCAUGAACUACAAAGACAACUUGAUGAAAAACAAGCAUUGGAGUUGGAAAUUGUGCGUCUGAGAGGGGCUGUUGAAGUAAUGAAACACAUGGAGGAGGAUGAAGGAGAGGAGAAGAAGAAACUGGAAGCAAUCAAACUGGAUCUGCAGGAAAAAGAGGAGGAAAUGGAAGCAGUUGAAGGACUUCAGCAAACUCUUGUUAUCAGGGAGCGUAAAACCAAUGAUGAGUUGCAGGAUGCUCGCAAGGAAUUAGUAAAAUUUAUGAAAGAGAAGUCAGCUCGUGCUUUCAUUCAUGUGAAAAGAAUGGGAGAACUAGAUAGCAAACUGUUUGUGAAUUUAGUUAAGAGAAAAUUUGAUGGUUUAGAAGACGAUGAGGUGCAGAUAAAAACAGUGGAGUUGUGCUCUCAAUGGGAGGAUUAUCUUAGAGAUGCAAAUUGGCAUCCUUUUAAAGUUGUAACAGAUAAAGCAGGAAAUGCCAAGGAAAUUUUAGAUGAAAAUGAUGAAAAAUUGCGGACUUUGAAGGAUGAAUUUGGUGAGGAGGUCUUUGAAGUGGUGACUAGAGCUUUGUUAGAGUUGCAUGAGUACAAUCCUAGUGGUAGAUACCCAAUACCAGAAGUCUGGAAUUUCAAGGAAGGAAGAAAGGCAUCUUUGGAGGAGGGUAUUUUAGAUCUGAUUAAGCAAUGGAAAGUGUCAAGGCGAAAGAGAAAUUGACGCUUUUCUUUCGGUGGUUCUACUAGAAUUGAGAUAAUUUUUUGGGUAAGCUGGAGGCCAAAAGCCCAAAGUUAUCAGAAUUGAGAUUGAUGUACAGAACUGACAAAUGCUUUGAUUCAGCAAAAUUGGAUUUACUUGUCUGGCCCCGCUGGGCUUUCUAAAUCCUUUCAAGACGAUUCAAACAUGCAUACAAAACAAAUUUCAAACAAGAAAUAAAACUACACUUAGUGUUUCGUGUUUAUAAUUAGCUUUCUUUUUCCAUGGGAGGUGCUACUGGAAAUUUUUUUUUUGCAGUAUUCAUUGCCCGAACAAAAAUUAAAGUUGCUGAUGUGGCUGUUACAUCC